AUGAGCGGGAUUAGGGUGGUUAUUCGUGAUCACACAGGGGCUGUUAUGGCCUCUCUUGCUCAAACCGUUGCACCUGCUAUGCAGCCUAUUGAGAUUGAAGCAGUAGCUGCUGCUCGGGCUCUGGAGUUUGGUGAGGAAAUAGACAUAACAGAGGCUGUACUUGAAGGUGACUCAGAGCAACUUAUAAACUCACUUAACGAAGGACACUCAAUUGCUUCAGUGGAGCCUUUACUUCAUGAUGCCACGGUUUUCUCUAGUUCUUAUGCAAAAUUGCUAUACUCUCAUUGUAGAAGAGAUGGCAAUAGAUUAGCGCAUAGUCUAGCAAGAUAUUCUAUUAAUGUCUCAAGCUAUGUAGUUUGGAUGGAGGGAGUUCCCGAUCCAUUAUUCAAUGUUGUUCAACAAGAUGUAGCCAAUUUGGCAAGCUAA